CAACAAACAGAAUGACACAUUUGUCAGUACAGAGUAGCCUGUACAUUAUAAAUAAUGAAUACAAGAGACCUUUUUUCUUUUCUUUUCUUUUCUUUUUUUAUUCAUUCUCUUUUUUCUUCCUUUCUUUUCUCAUUAAAUAAUCCCUUUUUGAAAAAAGAAAAAAAUUUAUCAAAGGUCGCAUUCAAAUUCAUUCUAGAAUUCAAUUCAAUUAAACACAUUGAUCAUUCUCUUCCUUAUCGUCCGUGCAAUUAUCCAUUCCUCUUUACCUUCUCUUCAACCCUCUUCUCUCUUUUCAUCCCCAUUCUAAUCAAAUUAACCAUUCUCUUUUCAUAUUUUCAUAUUCCUUUUUUAUACUUUAUAUUUAUUAUUCUUUUUGCUUACUCUCAAUCAUUAUCCUAAUCUCAAUUAUCCUCGACUUUAGCCCUGCCCCCCAUCUUUCCUUUUUUAUUUCACUAUUUAUUCUUGAUUUUACAAGUCCUAUUUUCCCUGCAGCAAAAUGUCUUCAGAAGCCGGUUUCUGUCAAUAGGAUCCUCUCCUCCACGCG